CUCUAUUUGUUCGUCCAUCUUAUAAAGCCGCAAAACCCAAGAAGUGCUAAAUGCGUUUAAAUAUCAAAUGUUCAAGUUGAUAUGUUUUUUUAUAGCUUCUUUGUCCUUUAUAGCAGUUAAUAAUUUACCGAUAAAUUUUGUGAACAAUUUCCACUUUAUUAAAUUAAAUUUUUUUAAUUCGAUAACUAAUAACUACAACUUCAUUGAGAUUUUAACCCACGGUCUUCGUAGUGGCAGGCGAAACUGCAAUCCAUUACACUAACCAUUUCGGUCAUCUAUGUUAACAAUUAUGUUUUUAUUUUUUGCAAGCUUAGACCAGAAGAUUUAGCCAGAAGGAAUCUAGUUGUUUCAGAUCAUGUUGACAUUUUUUAUUUUUAGGUCUCCAAAAUAAUUGGAUCUCCUCCUGGCUAUGUUGGUUAUAAAGAAAGUGGACAGCUGACAAAGAAACUUGAAAAAUGUCCUACGCUGUCGUGUUACUUGAUGAGGUAGACAAGGCACAUCCUGAUGUAUUGACUGUUUUACUCCAGCUAUUUGAAGAAGGAAGAAUUACCAACGGAAGAGGCAAAACGAUAUUUUGCAAAGAUUCCAUUUUCAUUAUGACUUCAAAUUUAGCCAAUGAUGAAAUCGCCAAUCAUGCACAACAACUUCGUCACAAAGCUGAAGUAGCAGCUAAACAACGAACACAAAGUGAUAAAGAAGCCGAAAUUCCUUCCCUAUCUCUUUGCAUAUAUCGGGAAUUUGACGAGUUCACUAUUCGUCCCAUCCAUUUUCCUACCAUUCUUGGGUUUCUAUUUUCUUACCCAACCCAAGAACGGUAGGAAAAUACCUUUCGCGCCUCGUACACUCAAUGCAACGCUAAAUUUUUUCCCGCGUAGGGUAAGGGACCCCCCGCGCAUGUCAAUGGACUCGACUGUACCUCUACUAGAUGGCACACGCCAUCUAGUAAUCUCAUCUAGACCCGAAAUUUCCAUACAAGUAGAAAAUUGUUCGAGAUCGCACGAUUGAUGUCUACUGCCAUUUGACACAAAAGCAAAAUAAAAACGGGUUUCCUUCUUUGGACGGUUAUGCCACUCGCCACCUUCAGGUUUUCUAUACCUAACUAAUAAAUAGCAAUUCUGUGAGUAACGGAAUCCUCUCCAUCUUGAUGACUGAGUGACGAUCGAUAGCCAUUCCCACGACCCCUAUGAAUACAAAAGAACUUGUAAACAACUUUUGGGAUGGUGAGUUGGUUCCUUAACUUAGUUAAGGUCUCUCUAAUUUCAUAUAAUUCCAAAUACUCAUCAAUCGUUACGCUAUCUUGAGAAAUUUUCUAAUUGUACUCAAUUAGCUCUACCUUAACUAUUCGAAGUCUAGUAUUCACUCUACUCCCAGAAUUGCAUCCUGGAAAUUUUCUAUGACGAUGCUCUUAUUAUAGUGUGUUGAGAACAAACUUUCCGUUGCCCAGCUAUCUGUAAGAAGAAUUGUUUAGAUAGGUAAACCAGAAUAUUCCACCUUGGAGGCCGCCGUUCCACGGGUAGAGUGAGCGCUUUAUACCGAUAUGUCGACCCCUGCGUUAGCUAAAAUCGAUUUGAUUCAUCUAGCACUGAACAAUGCUCCGAUUGAAGUGUACGAAGACUUAAUGCCAAAUAGCCGGCUUAAAAUAUUGGAUACCAUUCGCAUUCGACUUACGUUGAUUCCCUACUAGCACACGUACGUCCAUAGGACGUUUCAAAGUCGUCCACACUGUUUGGGCUGGAUGUUAUUUUUAUUGUUUUGGACGUCAAAAUGUCCAAUCCCAUGAACGUCCAAACUGGUACUCCAUUUGACGUCCGAAAAUGAACGUCAAAUGGAUGUCAAAACAAAGAAAU